UAUAAGGGUAAUGUGCUCUCGUUUUCUGCCUUGUUCAGCUAGAGCUUUGUCUUCCACUUUCACUACUCACCUAAUUUCUCCCUGCAGCUUCUUUACUAACAACAACACUAAGAGAAGAAGAUCAUAUCCUCCGGUUAAUAUUAUCGUGAGAUCAAUGGCUUCAGGUGGACAAACAUUCCCACCCCAGAAACAAGAAACUCAGCCUGGCAAGGAACAUGCCAUGGACCCUACUCCUCACUAUUCUAGCCAGGACUACAAGCCUGCUAAUAAGCUUCGAGGCAAAAUAGCGCUGGUGACCGGAGGCGAUUCCGGGAUUGGACGAGCAGUGUGCCAUUGCUUUGCACUGGAAGGUGCAACUGUGGCCUUCACUUACGUCAAGUCUCAAGAAGAAAAAGAUGCGCAAGACACACUUAAAUUGCUAAUGCAAGCCAAGGCAGCAGAUGCAAAGGACCCAAUGGCGGUGCCAACGGACUUGGGAUUCGAUGACAAUUGCAAGAGAGUGGUUGAUGAGGUUGUAAAUUCCUAUGGCCGGAUUGAUAUUCUGGUGAACAAUGCUGCAGAGCAGUACGAAGCUAGUUCGGUUGAGGAGAUCAAUGAGGAAAGGCUUGAGAGAGUUUUUAGAACUAACAUCUUCUCUUACUUCUUUGUCACUAGGCAUGCUUUGAAACAUAUGAAGGAAGGUAGCAGCAUAAUAAACACAACAUCAGUGAAUGCAUACAAGGGGAAUGCAAAACUUCUUGAUUACACAGCCACAAAGGGUGCAAUUGUUUCAUUUACUAGAGGACUUGCCCUUCAGCUUGUGGAAAGGGGCAUACGCGUUAAUGGUGUUGCCCCCGGCCCAGUUUGGACACCACUGAUUCCAGCUUCGUUUUCUGAAGAGGAAUGUGCAAAUUUUGGUAAACAAGUGCCAAUGAAGAGGGCUGCUCAGCCUAUAGAGGUGGCCCCGUCGUAUGUUUUCCUGGCUUCUUGCCCGGAAUCCUCCUAUAUAACUGGCCAAGUUAUCCACCCUAAUGGUAUGCUGGGCCUUUACAUAGCCACGUUGCUAAAAUUAAAACUAAUAUGUUAUCCUUAGAUUGAGCAUAUGAUCUGAAUGUUGUAUAUUGUUGGUUUGCAGGUGGGACGAUAGUCAAUGCUUAAAAGUCUCUUUGGGAGCUUUUGUCAGCUUACGUGGAAAACUUUUAUCUGUUUUGUGUUAGUUUUAAUGUACUAUCUGUGUUUUGUACUAUUAUGGUCUCCACAGUGAAGUGGUAUUAAUAGAAUAAUACUCCACUCAGUAUCUUUAUAA